GCAAAGAUUUUUGUCCCGACUCCUCCCGGAGCGAGGAAGGUAGUUCUGGCCACCAACAUUGCCGAAACUUCGCUAACGAUCGACGGCAUAAUCUAUGUCAUCGAUACGGGCUUUUGCAAACAAAAUUUUUACAGUGCGCGUGCUGGUAUUGAGUCCCUCUUAGUGGUGCCGAUUUCCCGAGCAGCAGCCGACCAGCGUGCUGGCAGAGCGGGCCGAGUGGCGGCGGGUAAGUGUUUUCGCCUCUACACCUCGCACGCCUAUCAUACGGAACUGGAGGCCCAACCAGUGCCGGAGAUUCAGCGCACCAAUCUUGGAAACGUGGUGUUACUUCUCAAGUCAUUGGGGAUUGACGAUCUCCUACACUUCGACUACAUGGAUCCUCCUCCACACGACGCUCUGGUGAUGGCGCUCGAACAACUCUAUGCUCUUGGUGCACUCAACCACAAGGGUGAACUCACCAAGACGGGGCGACGAAUGGCCGAAUUUCCCUGCGAUCCCAUGCUCUCUAAGAUGAUUCUUGCCUCAGAGAAGUAUAAGUGCUCUGAGGAGGCGAUCACAAUUUCUGCCAUGCUUUCAGUGAACAACUCCAUCUUUUACCGGCCCAAAGACAAAGUGGUGCAUGCUGAUGCCGCCCGCAAGGCCUUCCACCACGUGACUGGAGAUCACCUCACCCUCAUGAAUGUCUAUAACCAGUGGGCCAAUGCC